AUGGGCUCUUGCUGCUGUAGGGAGUCGUCCGUUGAGAACAGUAGUCUCUCUGGUAUAUCAGAAAAAGAUGGAGAUAGUAAUAAAUGUCCCUUAAUCUAUGGACCAUCACAUGUAGAAGGGGAAGAAGAAGAAGACGAUCAACAAAAACAAAAACAACAAAAUGAAAAACAAGGAGACGAACAACAUCAAAAACAACAAUCAUUAUCAUCAUCAUCAGGGGAUCCGCAUCAUUCAACACUUGAACAGCAGAAACCCACAAUUGCUAAAAUAGCAACUCCUCCAUUACCCUCCGCCUUAUCGCCCAUACACUCCAUGCGGAUCAAAGUCUACACCUCUAACGUUGCCCCCCCGUUCUCCGCCAGCUUCGAUCGCGAUCUCUCCGACACGAUUGUCUGCUCCUCCACCACAAUAGAGAACUCCUCCGCAGAUCCCGCCAUGUUUCACCGCCGAGUGGAGACCGCCGCCUCCUCAACGUGGCCGGAAGUGAGUAUGCCCACCGUGAGUGUGCGAUACGAUCAUCACCGCACGGUGUCUGGCACCACUGAUAGUGAAGUGGAUUACUCCCCGGUGGAGCGGAGUACAUCCACACUGUAUGAGCGGCGGUUGUCGUUUAAUCAACGUGAACGAGAACGGGCAUUAAUGCGGGAGGUUUCAUCUGUAGAGAGUGAAAAGCGUUAUGCUAUUGUAGAGUUUUUUAAUAAAGCCUGGCGUACCAUUGCCCUUCGGCAUUACAGAGGUAUUUGGGCUCUUACAAGACGUCAGAUGGUGGUGAGUUAUUUGGGGGAACGGUAUGGAUUACUUAUGUGUUCUCUAGAGAUGCAGGAGUCUAUACAUCGUCGACUGAUAGAAUGUGAGUGGCAAACACUACUCCUUAGUAAAAUGCAGAAACUACGCUUUGAUCGACAAAGGCACAACUAUUAUGAACUUGCAGCUACAACUCCUAGUGUAGAUACUUAUACUAGUACUAAUACUAGUAUUGGUAUGCCGGCGGCGGCGGCCUCUCCUGCUGCUUCUCCUAUUGACGAGGAAUUGCCUGGAGCCGCCAGUGUUCCAUUAGGACGUUGUGUUUCUGCCCCAAGUGUUUAUUGGCGAAAGAGCCAUCAUCAACAUAGUCGUAAUCAUGAACAACAACAUCAUCAACAGCGACAUUUAACGUUGUUGCACCCCUUACCAUUAUCCCCUGCGGUUUCACCUUCACAUUCACCAUCACCACCACGACGGCGGCUGUAUAAAAGCUACGGGGGAUCUAGUAAAAGAUUAUUACCAACGUCAGUGCAGGAAAUUAUUUACAAAGAGUCAUCUGAACGUCUGGGGUUAGAAAGGGAAGAGAAGCAUGAACGUCAGGAAUAUCAAUUAGGGUAUGAAGAGGUCAUGUCUUACUAUAGUGUAGUAUAG